GGAAAAUCAUGGCAGCUCUCCGGCGCAUGAUGAGUAUGAGAGACUUCUUCUAACAGGGCGGAGGACGGGUGAGGAAAGUGCGCACCAGGUAGUUGCAAAUCGUGUUUCUGUAAUUUGUUUGGAGUUCAUCACUUUUAUGCGUAAAAUUAUACCGGUUGAAAGAACAAACGGCAAAGCAAUACGCAAAGAAGGAACACACCGCCACCACUAAUGAUUUUAUUGAAAGGAGAUCGAGAUUUAUUUGUACUGGCUGCCAAUGAUCUUGAUCUGUCUGUCACCACCUUGCCUUCUACAGACACUCAUGAUUGUCUGCCGACUCGUAUAGGAUUUUCCACAGCUUGCCCCGAGAUGCGCGGCGCUUACGUCGAUGUGACUCGCCAGUUUCAUUUUCACUUUUUCAAUACCGAACCGAAGAACAAUCAUAGCGAUGUUUCUUGCAACGGUCCGACUUUUUCAUUUUUUUCCAUCUAUUCAAGCAAAAACUACCGCUAAAACUCACAUCCCUAUACUACAAAUAAGGCAAACAGGAUUACAACAAUCACGAGGUUUAUUACGAUCGAAAGCACGCAGUAAGACUGACACAAAUGGGUGAAAUAAAGCACAAGAUAAUGGAUGCGUACGUGUCAAUAUGAAAAAGAGUUUUUGUAAGGAC